AUGGAAUUAAAUAAGGGUCCUGCCAUAUGUCAAGUGCCUAAAAUUUUGUAUCUAAUCAGCGACCGCGCCGACUGCCCCGUGUCCGCCGUCGCGUACCCGGCGUCCGAGCAGGAGGUGGUCGCGGCCGUGGCGCGCGCCAGCGCCACGGGCGCCCGCGUCAAGGUCGUCAGCGGCUUCGCGCACACCAUCCCGAAGCUCGCCUGCCCCGGUGGCGGCGGGAACGGCACUGCCACCACGCCCACGCUGCUCAUCAGCACGGCGAGGCUGGCGGGCGUGGAGGUGGACGUGGCGGCGCGGACGGUGACCGCGGACGCCGGCGCGCCGCUGCGGGCCGUCAUCAACGCGGCCGAGGCGCGCGGGCUCAGCCUCACGGCGGCGCCCUACUGGGAGGGCGUCAGCGUCGCGGGGCUCGUCAGCACGGGGUCCCACGGCAGCUCGUGGUGGGGCCGCGGCGGUGCCGUGCACGACCACGUUGUGGGCCUCAGGCUCGUCGUGGCCGCCGGGGAGGCUGACGGCUGGGCCAGGGUCCUCACGCUGCGCACAGGCGACGAGCUCUUCCCAGCUGCGCUCGUCUCCCUCGGCCUGCUUGGGGUCAUCUCCAAGGACGACUUCGCCGCCCACGCGGCGAGCCACGAGUUCGCCGACAUCACCUGGUACCCGUCCCAGCACACGGCCGUGUACCGCAUCGACAACCGCGCGCCGCUGGACGCGCCCGGGGACGGCGUCAACGACUUCAUCGGCUUCCAGGCGACGCCCAUCGCCGUCACAGCGGGGCUCAGGGCGGUCGAGACCUCGCUGGAGCGGUCCAAGAACGUGAGGGGCAAGUGCGUGACGGCGGCAGCGGAGGGCACGGCGAAGCGGCUGGUCGGCAGCGGGCUGAAGAACAACGGCCUGCUGUUCACGGGGUACCCCGUGGUGGGGUACCAGGGGAAGAUGCAGACGUCGGGCUCCUGCGCGCGGUCGUCCGCGGCGGACCUGCUCAGCGCGUGCGGGUGGGACCCCAGGUUCCACGGCCUCUUCUUCUACGAGAGCACGGCGAUCUUCUCGCCGCCGGCGCGGUUCCAGGACUUCAUCCUGGACGUGAAGCGCCUGCGGGACCUCGCCGGCUCCGACAGCCUCUGCGGCGUGGACGUGUACAACGGCCUCCUGGUCCGGUUCGUGAAGGCGUCGGCGGCGCACCUGGGGCAGCCGGAGGACUCCGUCGUGGUGGACUUCAACUACUACCGCGCGUCGGACCCGGCGGCGCCGCGGCUGAGCGAGGACGUGUGGGAGGAGGUGGAGCAGCUGGCGUUCGUCAAGCACGGCGCCAGGCCACACUGGGCCAAGAACCGGCUGGUGGCGUUCGCCGGCGUGCGGGGGAAGUACCCGCGGUGGGCGCAAUUUGCGGCGGCGAAGCGGCAGCUUGACCCCCGGGGCUUGUUCGACAGCCCGUGGUCGGACGAGGUCGUCGGCGCGGUGGAGGUAGACAAGGGCGACGGGUGCGCGCUGGACGGCCGGUGCGUGUGCUCCGAGGACAGGCACUGCAGCCCCGGGCAGGGGUACUACUGCAGGCCGGGGCUCGUGUUUACGGACGCCAGGGUCUGCAGGUACUCGGUGUCGCAGAACCAGUGA